UAUCAUGAGAGGGCAUCGCGGUACUAGGGCCCGCUCCCGUGUCAUCGCCGUCAACAACAUCAGCCGCUGGCUCCUCGCCGCCCGUCUUGUAGUAUGUGCAUUGUAUGGCGCGGCUGGAGCAGCUCGAGCAGCAGGGCCGCUGACGGUCACAGCGGCGCUUGCGCUCGCGACAGGGCUCGCAUGACAGCGGGAGGCGGUUCCACCGAUGGAUCAUCAUCACCGCAUGGUUGUCUCUUGACUGCAGGCGCCGCGUGCGGAGUCCGCGUUGCCUGGAUUCAGGGUCUUGAUUUGGCGAUGACAUUGAUGCGGCGCGAACCUGAUAAGGUGUGGAUGCGGUUUCUUCGGUCGUGCCGCACGCCUGACUGCAACAAAAGCAACACAUCAAGGUCAUGCAAGCUGCGUCUCGAUGUGCAGAGCGGCCUUCACGUCCGCACGGCGGAGGCGCUAGCUUGGUUUGGCAAGUCCCUCCGCCAGUCUUGGUGGCGAUGGUCAGCCGCAGUGAGGCGGCCUCAAAGAAGUUAUAAGUUGAGGAAUCCACAUCUAGGUCAGACGGGCGAGCAGAGCAACGGACACAUCAGGCACGUACGCGGUCCAAAGACACAGAAUUGCGGUCAAGAUGAGAAAGGCAAGUAACUUUCCAAGUUCCAAAUUCCUUCCUAAUGCUGGCUGACUGGACCAGGCCAUCGUCAUCGGGGGCGGCCCGGCCGGUCUCUCAACCGCACUCCGACUCCACCAGACCACCGACAUCUCUUGCACCGUCUAUGAACUGCGGCCGGAGCCAACGACUCUCGGAGGGGCAAUUGGCAUCUUCUCCAAUGGCAUGCGGCUCCUGCACCGGCUCGGACUUCACGACGAGUUGCUCUCGCGCGGAAGCAGCCACUCUCGCUUCGUCCUGCACUCGGUGCAAGGCGCCAUCCUAGGCGAGCAAGACAUGGUGGGUGCGGUGCGGGAGAAGAUGGGCUUUGGAUAUCUCCGCAUCAAGCGGACGGACCUCCUCGACGUCUUGCUCCGAGCGACUACCAAGGCCCGCAUACCAGUUCACUACGGCAAGCGGCUCACGGCCGUAGAAGACACGGACAGUGGCGUAACCAUCACCUUCGCCGACGGCACGACCGACUCGGCGGACAUUCUCCUCGGCUGCGACGGCAUCCACUCAUCCGUCCGCACGCUGUACGUCGAUCCCGCGCAGACGCCCGUAUAUUCUGGCUUAUCGGGCUACGGCUCCAUCAUUCCCAUCGCCGCGCUGGGCAGCAGCCACGCCGCGACGGCAUCGCAGGUCCGUGGCAUCGACGCGACGCUCACGCAAGAAGGCGCCUUUGCAGCCAUGAGCUGCACCGCCGCAGACGACGAGCUCUACUGGAUCUUUUCCGGGGAGGUACCUCUGCCGGAGGUGGGCGACACGCGCGACGGGUGGGACGUCCGCCGCAAGGAGGAAGUCGAUGGCUUCAAGGACACCAUGUUGCAGGUGCUAGAGGGUGCGAGCGGCGACUGGGGCACCACGAUGCGCCGCAUCGUCGAGACGACAGACGUGGUCAAGUUCUACCCCGUCUUUAAGCUGCCCCCGGGCGGCACCUGGUCGAGGGGCCGCUGCCUGCUGCUCGGGGACGCGGCGCACGCGAUGCCUCCGCACGCGGGACAGGGCGUGUCCAUGGCGCUUGAGGAUGCGUUCCUGGCGGCGAGGCUGCUCAAGGACCUUCCUCUCGGGCAGCAGCAGCGGGUGGACGAGGCGUUUGCGACGUACGAGCGCGUGAGGAGGCCCCGCGUCGACGAGAUCGCCAAGAAGGCGGCGAGCAAUGCCGGCGUGAGGAAGAAGACGGGGCCGGUCGGGCUCCGCAUCAAGGAGUGGGUGGUUUGGGCUUACAUGUGGGUGGCGUGGGCGGUUGGGCUCAAGGGCGUGGGUGUCGAGGAGCGGCACCUGGUGUAUGACAUUGACGAGGCGGAGCUAUAGCGGCGCCAUGAUGUUUGCACGGAGCCUUGCUCCACGAGGACCAUUACUUUCCCUUUAUUAAAUUCUAAUUAGGUUGGGGACGGGGGGCCGUUACAUGUCGUUUCCAUCUCAGCUCAGACACGCUCGUCCUCUGGCGUUUUCGCCUUUUAUAUACCCCGUAGCCGCUCCCACUCGUCCUCCGUCAUCGAAAAGAGCAACUCAUCAUACCACUGCCUAUUAAAGCGUCGCGCGUCGCGCAUCCGCCCGUCGAGCGUGAAGCCCAUGCUCUCGUAC